AUGAAGGGUCCGAGGAAGAUUAGCCGUGAGAAGUUUGGCUCCGCUCAAGGAUACUCUCGCGUCACAAAACUGCCACAACAGUCGAGAAACUAUCAGUCUAGGAAGCUCCUCCACAAAUUUCGGAAUCACCCACACUUCCGAUUCGAGACCGUAUUUACUCGAUUCGCAAGCGCCAACAUGUUCAAGCUCUGGACAUGGGAGAUAAUCAACUGCGUUCUUGCUAUCGGAAUGCUUGGAUCAAUGUACGGCAUCCUCCAACGCUAUGACGGCCAACGCAUACCAGACUGGGGCAGCGCUAUCAAUCUGAGCACCUUGAUUGCCUUGAUGGCUACUCUGCUCCGAACGAUGCUAGUCUUUGUGGUAGCGGAGAUCAUUGGCCAGGCAAAGUGGCAAUACUUCGCUUGUAACGGACGACUUACGAAAGACCCACCUAUGCGCCGGCUGAUGGAGGCAAGUCGUUUUAACGAUGCUAGCCAGGGCUCGCUAGGUGCUGUGAAGCUUAUACCAACCAUCACCCGGGAUCCUGCAAUAUUACUGGCGGUCACGGUCAUGGUUAUCUCGCUAGGAACGGGCUCCUUUGCACAACAGGCCAUCCAGACGCAGUCUUGUUAUUUUCCGGUGGACAGCGCCCAUGCAUCUCUCCCAGUCUCUUAUUUUAUCGACCCUUACGCAGUUGGAACAAACAAAGCCGGAGACAGCAAUACUAUUCAGUCCCUUGACGAAUCCAACCUGGCCGCCGCCCUAACAUCUGCCCUCAGCCCGGACAGUGAGGAAAUAGGGUCGCCCAUUUCUGUGAGCGAUUGCGGCGAGGCAUACUGGCUCGCAAGUUUCUUGGCCGAUGACUUGAACGGAACGACGGCCGCAAGUAUCAUCGAGCGAAUCGAGGCGCUCACAGAUCGACUGUCAAACAAGAUGAGAAUGGGCCUCUUUAACAACCCCGAGGCCGUGUUUGGUCAAGUACUCCAGGCAACUGUAUGCUCAAGGAUCGACUACAGCUGGUUGACCUUCCCAGCGGUACUCGUGGCUGUCACCAGCGGUCUACUCGUAUGGACCAUGUUGCGGAGUUCGCGGUGUCGAGGCCGUGAGAUGGUUUGGAAGACAUCACUCCUGCCUUUUCUGUUCUACGGCGAGCGAUUCGUCGUGCAGAAUGGUGACGAUGUGUCGGAUUACUCUGCCGAAGCGUCGCGGAGAGAUGGACCCAACGAGCCGCUUCUAAAUCUGGGCCAGAUGGAAGCGGAGGCAAAGCAACGAGUGGUGCGGUUUGAUGUGUUUGACUAA